CCUGAGCCGAAUUACUUGCCUACUCGUACCAUUGUCGACAAAGUGGGGGUGUAGCCAGGCAGCUCGCCCUCACGAUGUACUCAUCAGCACAAGUGAAACAACAAUUUCGACGUGCAAAUUCCAGCAGUGUUAAGUCGUGUGUUCUUUUUCAGCGCGCUGAAUAUUACAUAUCUGUUCAAUAUACAACUCGUUCACACUCCUCAAUCCAUUAAACUUCUGCCAGGUAAAGUUUAUAAUGACAGCUGCGGAAACACAUCCAACGAUUGCGGUGGGCGACGAUGCAGCAUUCAUGGAAUAUGCCCUCGAUCAAGCGCGCAAGUCGCCACCAGAACCCGAAAAUUCUGUGCUCUCGACGGGAUAUUCACUCGAGUUGCCGCGGGAUCAGCCUGGAGACCCGGGAACGACCCACGCUGAACAGUGCUGCUUCAUCAAAAUUGCCAACAAGUACAAUCCUGGAGACGGCCCCUCAGAAACUCGAAUUGGAGGCAUUUUGCCUCCGAACACGGCCUUGUACACGACAAUGGAGCCGUGCAAUGAACGGCUCAGCGGGAAUAGGACAUGUGUGGAGCGAAUCCUCCAGCUUAAGGAUAAAAUAAAGGUUGUGUAUGUCGGAAUCAAGGAGCCUGGGACUUUUAUAAAUAAAAAUGAAAUGCAGAAGAGACUAGAGGAUGCAGGCGUCAUGAUAAAAUUCGUCGGCAACAAGGAGAGAAUCGCCCAGGUUGCGAUGGCUGGGCACUGA